AUGCAAUGGCAGAAAAACAUCAAGGAUGCUGAGAGCUCUCUGGUCAAGUUCAGGGUAUUCGCGCCGAACAUUGCUCUUGCAUCGCGUAAGCAUCCCAACUUCGCAAUGCUGCCUCGAUUGAGGUCCAUCAUACGGCGAGGGGCCGCGCUGCAUGUUGCGCCUGCAACACGCACGACAAGUACCGCCUCCGCUGGAACACACACCAUCCUGCGGCAGCGUGCAGCGCGCACUUCGGGAUGGCCCGCUCCGGUCUCUCAAUCACGUGUCCUGUCUUCACUUGCGCGUAAAUCAUCUCGCGCUACCCAGAAUCUCGCGAAGACCCCUGGGCAUAUUUCCAGCGAUGCUUUGGCUGCUGGUCAUCUUCAAUCAGCGUUUCCCAAGAAGACUGUCAUUUUCCUUGUUGUGAUCAGUGGCCUGAUAUACUACUUUGUCGACGUGGAAGACCUGGACUGGACCGACGAUGUACAUCUCAGCUUUCAAGAUGAUGGAUCACAUGCUACGCCGGUGCAUUUUAACGAAACUAAGGAGGAUCUCGACCACUAUCUGCAGUUCCACGUAAUGGAUCCAGCUGCGGCGCUCAAGGAUCCUAACAUAGCCAAAUUCUUGAGUUCGCAGUUUGAAAAGCUUGCAUUUGGAUGGAAGAUGAGCGAAGACGACGCAAAGGCAGACAGGCUUCCGGUUACCCAUGGCUGCCGAUUCAGGAGCAACGAGCCAUGUGAGGACUUCUUUUCGCUGGGAACUAGCCCUGGGCCAGGAGAGCAGCCUUGGAACUACUGGAGUAUAUUCGAUGGCCAUGCCGGGCGGCACUGUGCAAAUGUCUUGCAAUGGACCUUGAUUCCGCAGCUUUCUUCAGCGUUACUUGGCUUGCCUGCAAACUCCUCAUCGCCUGAAAUUGACAGCACUAUCAAGCGAACGUUCCUCCGCCUCGACAAGAACAUAAUGGACACUGCGCAAACUGCAGCUAAUUGGUUCCCUGCUGCUAAUGCAGCUGCGAUCAAUGCCUUGGCGCCUGCCUUGUCAGGCUCGUGCGCUUUACUGGCAGCAUUUGAUCCCAAGAAUGAUACCCUUCGUGUUGCUUGCGUAGGCGACAGUCGCGCUGUGCUAGGUCGCUGGGACCCAUCUACGAGAUCCUACACCAGCAUUCCCCUUUCCAUCGAUCAGACUGGGUUUAAUGAGAAAGAGGUCGCUCGCCUCGCGCAAGACCAUCCUGGCGAGCCCGAUAUCAUCGACCCCAAGUCCGGUCGCCUAUUAGGUCUCGCAGUUACACGUGCCUUUGGCGACCACCGCUGGAAAUGGGACAACGACUUCGUCGCCAAGAUGAAGUACAAAUUCUGGGGAACUUCACCUCGGCCAGGGAGCAAGACACCGCCGUAUCUCACCGCGGAGCCGGAAAUCACUGAAACUGAGAUUGUCCGUGUCGAGCCUGGAGCAGGUGGCAAGAGCGAUUUCAUGAUUAUGGCCUCGGACGGACUUUGGGAUCGUAUCUCCUCGGAACACGCAGUCGAAUGCGUCCAGCGCUGGCUCGAAGCCAAAUCUCGCGGCGGCGGCUCCGUCACCAAAGACCCACGCUUGAUUGAGAACCCACCACGCUUCCCAACAAACUUCACAACACUAGAAGACGGCAUUGAAGUCGACCCUGAGAACGGUUUGGAAGUCGAUUGGAAAGCAACGCCGGAGUUCUUUGCAAUUGAAGAUGACAACGCGGCGGUGUGUUUGGCACGGAACGCGAUGGGUGGCACGAGGAGGGGCUUAUUUACAGGUAUUUUGAGCUUGCCGUCGCCAAUGUGUAGGAAUGCGGUAGAUGAUACGACGAUUAUGGUCGUGUUUUUCGAUAAGGUGGAGGAGUAUGAGAAUGCAGAGAAGCGCGUGGAGAAGGGGAAGAAGAGUUGGUGGAAGCCUUUGUAG